AUGUCUCAGCUGCAGCAGCAAAAGCGCGUCGAAGCAGCCGCGCAGCUCAAGCAGGCGGAGAAAGCCCUGACAAGGCGCUCGUUCUUCUGUGUCUCACCCAACUACCUCUCGGCCGCGCCGCUUCUGAAUAAAGUGGGGGAGCUCUUUCGACUCGGGAAUGACUGGGAAGCUAGUGGAGACGCGUUUCGGCGCUUUGCAGACGCGCAACAGCACAAUCAACAGGCACAAGCAGAGGGGUCCAUUCGGACGAUGUCCAGCCAGAAGUCACGGACAGGGGAAGCUCGCCAGGCGUUCGAAAAGGCUGGUGGCUUUUACGUGGUCAUGGGAGAGUUUGGGAAAGCUGCUGAUGCACUGGUUAAGGACGCACAGACCUGUGAGAGUCAGGGGUCAAGUGUGGACGACGUGCUGCCGCUUUACACACACGCGUGCGAGCUCCUCGGGGCUCAAGACAAGCCCCACUUUGCAGUCGAGACGCUCUGCAAGAUGCAGGCUAUGGACCAGCCCCACAAUGUGCACAAGUGUCGCUUGAGCCAAGUCAUUCUUCACCUGGCAUCGGGGGACAAGACCUCGUGUGGGCCUCUAAAACGGGCAACGAAGACCUACUGCGAGCUACGGUAUGGAAGCCGGGAUUUCUUGCACUGGACAACCAGAUUGGACGCGUUCUUGUCGUCGAACGGUUGUGUCUUUGCAGAAGACCUCGUGUGGGCCUCUAAAACGGGCAACGAAGACCUACUGCGAGCUACGGUACGGAAGCCGGGAUUUCUUGCACUGGACAACCAGAUUGGACGCGUUAGUCGUAAGUUAUCGAUCUACGGGUUGGGAGAUGCUGCGGCUGGUGGUGCUAAGCCGCGAGGUCGACACCAGCACGGGACAGCUCCGUCGUCGAGUGGGAAACGCACACAAGAGCAACAGCAGUCAGGCAAGCAACGCAACCCGUUUGCACCUUCUGCACGAGCUCCUUGUGUAAAAUGGAACUCGUUUACAUCUAUUUCAAGAGCGCCAGCACAAGCCCCAGUGCCUUCACUCACGUCGGACGAUUACGAAGCUGCUGCUUUGUCCGAAGCCCUCGGCGCCGUUGCUGUCACAAAACAGGCCAAGACUCAUUCACGAUCGGCUUCGGUUCCCAAGUGUCUGCAACCCGCGUCGCCAGAGCCAGUUGGCCUGUCCUUAUCGCUUGGGCUAUCACCGAUCAUGGCUUCUUCGUCGUCGCCUGCAGCAGUGCGUGCAAGCGCUUGCAUGGAUUUUGGAUGUGACGACUUGGAGUACGCCAUGCCGGAUUCCGACUCGCUCGGGUUUUCCAUGGAUGAGCCGAUUGGGGUUGAUGUAGGUGAGAGGUCGGAUUCUUUUGGAACGCCUACAGCACCGGCAUCCAAGACAAGGUGCCAGUGCAAGAACUUAAACCAACGCCGAAGGCACCCGCGCACGAUGAAUUUGAUCUCACAUAAAGCAACGAAGGUCAUAGCUCGGAGCCAACCGGGUUGCGAUGUGUUUUUGUAUUCAGCCGAGUUUGGUUGCAGUGCGCAGCCACGUUUGACUAAAACCAAAGGAAUUGUUCGCCAGGGACUUGCUGAGCUUGUGCACCACUAG